CGACUCGUAGGAACUUUUUUUUGUAAGGCGCAUCGCGACGGCAUCCGCAGAGUGUUCAAGUUGCCUCCCACAUCAGGAUCAAUCAACUGCCUCUAAAACAGCCAAGAUGCGUCCCUUGACAGAUACCGAGACGCAAACGCUGCUAGCCAAGCUGGCCAACUACACAGGAAACUCCCUCAAGAGCCUGAUCGCUCCCCUCGAGGACGGCGACCGCUAUGUUUUCCGCCUGCACAAGGAUCGGGUUUACUAUGUCAAGCUCAGCAUAGCGAACCUGGCCACCACAAUAGCGAGGGAUAAGCUCAUGUCGCUCGGUACUUGCCUGGGCAAAUUCACAAAGUCUGGAAAAUUCCGUCUUCACAUCACGGCCCUCCCGAUCCUCUCCGAGCACGCCCGCUACAAGAUGUGGGUUCGCUCAAACGGCGAGAUGCCCUUCCUUUACGGUGGAAAUGUCGUCAAGGCACAUGUAGGACGUCAGACAGACGACUGCCCCGAGCACCAGGGUAUUGUGGUUUACAACAUGCAGGACGUCCCCCUGGGUUUCGGCCUCACCGCCAAGAGCACCGCCGACGCUCGACGACUCGAUCCCACGGGUAUUACUUGCUUCAGGCAAUCCGACUGUGGCGAGUACCUGCGUGACGAAGAUGCCCUCUUCGCUACUGGCUGAAACAUUCCUGUGGCAUGUGGGACCUGCUUUUUAAAACUUGGGCUUAGGAGUAUAGGCGUUCAGGAAACCUUUGUUUAAUCUGGAGUCGAAAUUGAAUGUCUAUUUGCGGUCUUUUGUAGAUACCAUACCACAUUACGCAGCCAAUGCGUCAAGUCGCAAAUGCAUCAAAACAACCAAUAUGCAUUACGUACAGAAACGACCAAAAUCUGUUUGUCCUUCA